AAAGAUUUACCUCCAGGAGUUACAUCUGACAUUAUAGCUUAGACGCAAGUAACAACCACACAGAUACAAACAACACUGCAAAACAGUCAAAACAUUCGCGCUUUGUAUAUGAUCCUGUUAGUGACCUUAUAAAAAAGAGACUGUCAGUCGAACAUUAAUCGCAGGACGUGAGAGGAGUAAUUGGCAAUUCAUUGACUGAGAUACAUCAAACUUCAGCAGUGACAGACAGAUCCCACAACAAUGAGAUUACACCUCAAACAUAAUUCACGAGUUAUUGACUGAAAUUGACAACUGACUCCAUAAUGCAAUAAGCAAAGAUAAAGAUUGAUUAGAUCAAUCAAUAGUCAAUUCUUAAGGCAAUGUGAACUACAUAUAAGAACAUAAGCACAGAUCUCUGGCUCGUCACACGACUUAGAUCCGCUUCAUAACAUCAACAAGGAAAUUAACAACACAAUAACACAACCUACAUCUGAAAUACGUCUUCGGGCUACUGUCUAUAUCACACAGCAGGGGCGGAGGCUGAUGAGUAAUUAAUAAUCAAUCGCAACAAGUCUUCCGCUGUCAAGUUUAUUGAUCAAGAUCUCAGAUUACUUAAUCCCUGUCCUAUGAAGACUCAACACGGCAAUCAGAGGAUAUCAGAUCUCCGCUGCAAUGGGUGUCUGUGAAAUGAACGCGAUAUUGACAACCCUCUAGCACAGUGAAACCAAGGCCCCAUUGUGGUACCCUGACAGCCCGGCCAAGCAGAACCAUCCUGGCACCAGUAUCACAACUGCCACAAACACAAGUGUAAGGACAUUCUGUUCACUGAAACCAUACAAGGGGAAACUUGUCACCUGAGCACACCCCUACGCCUCGGAGCGGCUACCAGUUUCUUUUAUCUACAAUCUUUACAAUGCUUGGUCAAACAUGGGCCUGGAUUAUUGUAAAUCCAAGCAAACAGACAGUACAUAUCAUAGUCAGGAUUUGACAUCCACUAACCGAACAUGUGGAUAAUAAAAUUGACGAUCAAAUCAUUGGUAGCAAUUACUAGCAACAGGUCAUGAAUAAUGGAUCCGAAUUUUCCCAUUGCAUACAUUGCUAUCAAUCUGGAUGGAGUUUGACCCUUUGGAUGAAUAGCCAUCCCAACUAUGUCGGGGUGCUAAUGUGACCAGUCAUUGGGAGGGACACGCAUGAACCAUGGAAAGGGUGUUCGGUGAAUGUUAUUUACCUGUCAGGUAUGAAUUGCCUUGUGGUCAUAGAGACAGCAGGUGACAAUUAUGGAAUCAUAUCUGCUGUGAAAGCCUCCAUUGAAAUGGUAAAUAAAGAAUUCCAAUACAGCAAGAUUGAGCUAUUGAGGACGAGUGUCUAAUGCUAUUGGCGUGGAGUACACCACGACACGUCAACUGUCUGAGAACAGCUCAAGUGAUCUCCAGUUUAUGUGAUACCUAUGUUAUCUUAUACGGCUGUGAUAAAUCUCUGUGUCCAGUGUUCUGGUAUCUGUAAAGCUGGUAUAUAACUUCUGAUUCAGUGGAAAGGAGGAGUUCACUGGGAUGACAGGGAUGUCCAUUUCAUCCACUGGGAAAUCAACAUUAUGAAAUGUGAAAUCGAGUGUAAGCAACAACAUCCUUUUUCUAUUUGUGGAGUAAAUUUGUGCUAAAAAGAUUCAAGUCCUGUACUCAGAAUGGUGAUUGAUUCAGUUUAAUGUGGUGACCAGAUUAUUGAUGACAUUCAAGACAGGACACUUAAGUGCACUGACGUCGUCAAUGACAACUCUAUCACACUUCACAACCGUUGAAAUCAUGGACUGCUGCAGUCCUUGUAUACAUGUCUUAGACGAACUCAAACUUGUCAAUCUCAAAGAAACUCAUUCUUGAUUGAUCUUGAAGCAUAUCUAAUCUUUGUGUAUAUACAGGAGCCAAUAUACGGAUUAGGCUUGUAAUCAUUCAAGAUAACUAAUGGAUUAUUGUGCACAAACUAAAAUACUUGGAGUAAGUCAAUAAAUAAGUUUUAUAUUCUGUUAUCAAUAUGAAGAAUUACGACCAAAUUGAAAAGUUGGCGGAACAGUUUGCCAAACUUAUUAUUGCAGGAAGUGAAAGUGAUAUCCGUGAAGCGCUGGAGCAUUAUGGGAAGGAAAGUCGUGAGCUUUGCUCCACAAUUAUCAGCAAUGGAAACACGGGAAUUCAUAUACUUGCCCAAAGACAUAAACCAUCGCUCAUCAAGAUGGUACUGGACAAGGGAGUGGACAUUAAUGCCAGGAACAAUUUUGGUUUUACCCCCCUGUACGUCGCACUGUUCUACGGAAAUGUAGAAACGGCCAAAUUCCUGAUGCGAUGUGGUGCAGAUGUGAAUAUGUUGUUGUCAAGAAAAUCUCGAACAUCUCUCCUCCAUAAAUUAACAUUUGCGAACAGGCUACAAGCCGUUCAGCUGUUGAUUGAACAUGGAGCAGACGUCAAUGCCAAAGACAAAGAGGAAAGGUCACCUCUACAUCUUGUGAUGGUUAAAGGGAACACGAAGAUGGCCACACUGCUGAUUGACAGUGGAUGUGAUAUUAAUUCAGUGGAUGAGCAACAGAAGUCCCCUCUUCACACAGCUCUCUUGUGCAAGAACACAGAAAUGGCCAAGCUUUUGAUACACACAGGAGCAGACGUGACCAUCCGGGACCGAUGUGGGAUGACGCCGCUACAUCUGUCAGUGAUGGCAAAGUUCAUGGAUAUGGCCAAAAUGAUCAUCAAAAGAAGUACCAUGAACAUCAACACCAAGGAAAAGCUGAUGGGUAGAACCCCCCUCCAUUUAGCAUGUGCGGACAACAACCUCAAGCUCGCUUCACUUCUGCUUGAGAACGGAGCAGACGCAACUUUGACGACGAAUUUCAGGAAAUCUCCUCUCCAUUUAACAGCCCUGUGUGGUGGAGCGGAUACGACAGCUCUCCUUCUGCGUUACACAACCAAUAUAAACAUCCUGACAACAAACAACAAAACACCCCUGCACAUCGCAGUCCAGGAAGAAAAUUUCAACGUGGCUCUUCUUCUGAUUCAGGCAGGUGCAAACAUCAACCUUCAUGAUCUACAUGGUUUGACUGCCCUUCACUACACUGCCCAGUCAGGCAACAUGGAAUGUGCCAGGCUACUCAUCCGGUAUGGGGCAAACGCAAAUGACUCGGACACCAGGCAGAUGACACCAUUGCAUAUGGCCAUCCAGAAUGGUCAUAUUGAAGUGGCAAAAUACCUCAUCCGAGCUGGUGCACGUAUUACCAUGACGGAUGAGGACAACAAAGUUCCCUUUGACUAUGAUGAGACAGGAGAGGUGAAGGCCUCGUAUGAGAGGAUGCAGGCACGGUUGCAGAGGAAACGGUCGCUGGAGGCAGCAGCUGCUGCCGUAGCUCAGACUAUAGGAUGACGAGAGCAGUGAUGCUGAUAGAAUGUUGACUGUUAAAUUUUGUCAGGAACUAUCUACUAUAGCUGAUGUUUCACACACAUGGAAAAGUGUGUCCUAUUUUCUUCAAGGUAAAAUACUUAAAUCAGUAACACAAUAUAGUGAAUUCUUUUUCAUAAUUUAACUUAAGUCCUGCGACCAUAAAGCUGUAUGAUUUAAGCCAUGGUUCAAACAAGCCAAGUGCUUAUAUAAAGACCCUAACAUUGCUGGCAGGACGCAAUGGGUAUAGGCUGGUGAAAUCAAUAAGACACACAUGGAAAUACUACAUUUUGUAUUUGUGACAAUGGGCUUGGAUAGAUUUGCAGAUUUCAUACAUCAGAUUUGAUCUUAAAAGAGUUCAAUUUCAAUGUUUCAAAAUUUUGGCUAUGCUAAACAUAUUACAUAUGUGAUCAUUAGUUAGAAAGCUGAUUAUGUGGAAAUACAUGUACAGAGUUAAUGCCAGUAUGUCCAUAUGCCAAUCUCAUUAAAAUCAGAUCUUAGUUCUCGCUAUUGCUGAACAAAGAUCUGAGGACAUCCCAUUACGGGUCACGUCAGAACGACCUUUCAUCCAACCAAUCAAAGCGUCGCUUACCAGU